GCAUUAAGAGGGACCUCUGCCACGCCCAUUGCUCUCCACGCACAUACACACGCGCCAUGUCGUCCCACGUACCUCCACAGACCAUCUCGAUCAAGCGUAAACGCACCGAAGCCCCCGUCGACUCACUACGGAUAGAUCACGAAGUCAAACAAGUCCAAUUCUUCUUCCGGCGCCUCACCAAGCCCGGCGACAAUGUGCAUCUGGCCUCAGCCCCGCCAACGCCGACUGCCCAGCGGAGAUUUCGGCUCGACCCCGUGUCAAGAAUAGGAGCGAAACGACACUUUGUCGAGGAGCAAGCAUCUGCGAAGAACGACAGUCCCUUGGUCGGUGGACAGGUGCAAUCGCCAGCCCCAGAGCCCACGCCCGACUCGACGCCGCGGCCACGCAAGCGACCAGGCGCCAGCAGCGCACUCCGCCAUACCUCGCAACCAGGUGUCCAGCGCACGCCGCAAGUCUCGGAGCCAACUGAGAAAGACGUGCGCAAACUGGAAGCCCUCUCCAAGGAAGUCGAGAAGACAGACAACCUCACGAUAGCCCUGCCGUCGCCCUCGAAACACAAGCCCAAAGCCCCCGCCAAACGCUUCGCAGAACGACAUCCCGAGAAGGCUGCUGCCCUCUCGGCGCACGACCACAACACCGCAGAUGGCGAUGCAAUGGACAUUGACAGCGAAUACGUCUACGACCACUAUGUCCGCGAGCCCGUGCUGCCCGAUGCCCCCGCGCCAACCGGCACCGUCGGCCUGCUCGUCAUCGGCGAGGAAGACGCAGACUGGUGGGACAACGACGAAGCCAGCGACCGCGAAUUCGACACGGACGACGAGGACGAAAACGCAGAGGACUACUACGCCAACGACUACCCCGAGGACGAAAUGAGCGACGACGACGAGUUUGACCGCAAUCUGUACAAGGCAAAGUAUCGCCAUGGGAGUGACGACGAGGAGUUUGAUGCUGCUGCGAGUGCAGACGACGAUGCGCUCGCCAGUGGAGAAGACGAGGAUGACUUGCAUUUCAAGAUGACGGUGCCCAAGGCGCAGAGAGGGUACUGGGGCUUGCAGGGGGAAAAGUAA